CUUUUUUUUUUGUGUGGGAGGGAGGAACACAAAGGCGAGCGCUGGACGGGUUUUCAUCGGCUCGACCAUGCUGAGGAGCUCGGCGCUGGGCAGAUUUUCAUGGAAUAUCAGCGCAGCGGCACUGCAGACGAUUAUGACAUGGCUCCUCGCAAGGGAGUUCUUCGGAGGUACGAUAGCAGGAAGCUCCAGAUGAAGAAACUCCAGGAGCUAGAGCAGGAGGCUUACAAGGCUGUGAUGAGAGCUUUCAAUGCUCAAUCCGAUGGCCUCUCUUGGGGUAGAGAAAGGCUGAUGUCUGAUCUGCGCAAAGAGCUCAGAGUGUCCGACGAACUCCACCGAGAGUUUCUGAGUAGAAUGCCCGAAGAUAAAACUGUGAUGCAAAUCAGGGACUGUAGAAGAGCUGGCCAGGAACAAACGGGUAAAAAGAGGAAGAGCAACGCUACCGGUGUGCUAAAGAGGUUUCCGAAAGGAAAAAAGUCAAGGGUCGAUGCUCUGAAACCGGAGGAGCCCGAGCUACUGACAAUAGACGCCCUUCAACAUGAGGUGGGACUGCUAGAGGUGGAGCUGGAUGCAACUCGGCUGGCCAGGGCGAAAAAGGCAGCAUAUGAAUACAAGACGAAGCUUUUGGAAGCCUUGGAACAAGCUGGACAGGACAACGAAGAUGAUUCGGAGAAAACGGAGGACAGGGAUCCAGUUCCGGGCACGGCCGAUACUCAACCGCAAUCACAGUCCCAGGAAAACGUGAAUACUGAGAACACUGAGAAUACCGAGUGUAAACCCGGGCACGAGGACGGGUGAGCAAGCAACAAUAGACGUGGGGGUGGGGGCUAAAAAAUUUUGACCGCGAGGUACGGCUUCUUUUUAAUUUUUUUUUUCCCCGGUGACGCUGCUGCUGGCGGGUGCAAAGUGAAUGCACGAAUGUUCAUGGCGCCAUUUGUACUAUUCAAUGAAUUCUGAAAGUUCUUUCUCUGUUA